AAUGGACAUAUUAAACAAUAUCUAUGAAGAAAUUUUCAAAAAUGGAAAUUAAAAAAAAUCAUAUGUCCUUAAAAGCCUUUCCAAUCUCAAAGUCUCAUGUCCGAAAAUUCAAUGGAAUGGGAAGGGCAUUGUGGUCAUUUCAUAGUCAUAAGCUACCUUCACAAGCCAAGUGCUCCUCUCUCAAGCUUGAAAUGGGAAAAUGAAAUCCUCCCUCUCUCCACAGCUUCCGUAAACCUCAUAAACCCUCAUUCCAAAGCUCUUUUGAGAGUGAGAGAGAGAGAAUCAGGAAAAAAACGAAAAGCUGAGUCUUUUAUCCGAGUUGGAAACGAGAUGGCCACUCGGCUGCCGGACGAUUUCAAGUGCCCCAUAUCUCUUGAGAUAAUGUCCGACCCAGUUAUCCUCUCAUCGGGUCACACCUUUGACCGAGCUUCAAUCCAACGGUGGCUAGACUCAGGUCACCGGACUUGUCCAAUUACCAAACUUCCGUUACCUGAACACCCCUGUCUUAUCCCCAACCACGCCCUUCGUUCCUUAAUUUCCAAUUAUACCCGUAUUACCCCUUCAAAAUCGCAACCCUGCCCUCAACCCCAAACCCUCAUCUCUGCUCUGACGUCCCCAUCAUACCCUCUAGGAACCAAGCUCGACUCCCUCACCCAUCUCGCCCGACUCACCAAGCAUGACUCAACACUCCGCCGUAAAUUAACGGAGUCGGGAGCAGUCCCUGCCGUUCUCAAGUGUGUCGACUCGGACGAUCCGAGUUUACAAGAAAGGGCACUCUCUUUACUCCUCAAUCUCAGCCUCGACGAUGAUAACAAAGUGGGUUUAGUCGCAGAAGGUGCAAUUAACCGGGUCGUCAAAGUCUUGCGUGCCGGGUCACCCGAUUGCAGAGCCAUAGCAGCAACGAUCAUAACCAGCUUAGCCGUCGUUGAAGUCAAUAAAGCGACAAUCGGGGCAUACCCGGAUGCGAUUCAGGCAUUAGUUCGGCUUCUAAUUGCAGGAAAAGCAAGGGAAAAGAAAGAGGCAGCAACGGCUCUUUAUGCAAUUUGUUCAUUUGCUGAUAAUAGAAGAAGAGCUAUAGAUUGCGGGGCGGUGCCGAUACUAAUUGGGUUAUUGGCUUCAGGGCUGGAAAGGUCUAUUGAAGUGUUGGGAUUAUUGGUGAAAUGUAAAGAAGGCAGGGAAGAGAUGAUGAAAGUUAAUGAGUGUGUUAAAGUUUUGGUUCAUGUUUUAAGGAAUGGGAGUUUAAGAGGAGUUCAAUAUGGGUUAUUUACCUUGAAUUGUUUGUGUAAUUAUAGUGAAAGUUUUUGUAUUGAAGCAAGGAACGAAGGGGUUUUGGAGAUUUGUAUGGGGUUAGUGGAGGAAGAGAAUGAGAAGAUAAGGCGGUAUACUUCGAGUUUGGUUCAGACUCUGAGAGGAAAUCAUGCUAUUGGGUGAAUGAAUUUUUCGGUGUUGGAAAUGGAGGUCAGCUGUUUUUUUCUUUUAUAAUGGGAUGUUUAGAAGGUGGAGAUAGUUUUCUUGUACAAGAGGAAAAUUGAUUAGAUUUUUGUAUCUUUGUACAUUUGAAUAAAAGGGAACAUGAUGGAAGGGAGGGUUUGUUGUUCUCCCUGGCUUUUAGAUGUAGUGAAAAACAAAAAGUUUCGAAAUUUUGUUACUUGAAUCAUAAUUUGGUAUUGAUUUAGAAAUUCUCCUUGUGAUUAAAGCAUGCCUACUACGUCUUUGAUCACCUGUCAGUUAGGAAACUUUUUUCUUUUAUGGACUUUGUUGUCUUUGAAUUUUGUAAGGGCCAAGUGUUAAAAGAAAUAGGAAAUAGAAGGAGCUGUUCUUAUUUAAAUCUCCCUCAGUUAGGUAUGAGAAGAUUGAAUAAUGAGAUUUAUUUCUUGUUAUGAUUGUGAUUGUUUUUUGAUUCAACAAUUUGCGGUAGAAAUUUUGCCUGAUUUAGUUGUUUUGUGUUUAUUAGGAAUUUGAUGCAGUGAAAUACAGUUUUUUGCCUCUUUUCUUUCUUUUUUUAACUUUUAAAAUGGUAAUAUUGCCUCUGGUUCUGUCAAUGAGACUUAAAAUUUUUGGAUCAUAAGCUACAUAGAAAUUUCAACAAAGUUACCUUACGUUCUGAUUUUGUAUAUUGCAACCAUUUGAAUUUGAAAUAAACUUGAAUGAGAUGUAAUCGAUAUCUUUUUACUUAUUAUAUUCAUUUGCUAAUGCUGUGAUCGCUUAUAUGACUACAAUUUAUACGUUAUCAAUGUUGACAAAUAACUACGCAGCCAUAACUGGUCCAUUAUUGCUUGUGCUCUGUGAAUUCAACAUUGGGACUGGUAAUUUGUCUCAAAUGAUAACUUUGACCGGAUUAUGAAGAUUAUAAUGUAGCCAAAAUUGUACUCCUUGAUACUUUUCUUGUCGGUAUAAGAAGAAAGGCAGAUCUUAUCUUGGUUUAGAGUAAAAAUAGAAUGGGUUUGCUAUGCCCAUAAAAGUUAUUGUAGGAAGCAACUAAGAAUGCUGCGUAAACAAACAACUGUUGUCUGUGCAAACCUUGUAAUUUUAGAUUGCCAUAUCAUAUAGGUGUAGGUUAGUUUCUCUGCCUUGCUAUAUGACAUGCAGUAGCAGAUGGCAAGUUGAUUUGCUGGAGCAGCUC